AUGCCCUGCGAUUACGGAUUGGAUCCAGCCGGCUUCGAGCCUAAGCACGUCGACCGAAAGGCACUCUAUGUCUCUCUGGAAGAGAGAAUCAAGUACUUGCAUGAUUUCCUUGACUUCAACUCUGCCGAUGUCGAAGCCCUGCAGAGUGGAUCCAAGUACCUCAAGCAACUCAUUCCCGCCGUUGUCAACCUUGUAUACAAGAAAAUCCUUCAAUAUGAUAUUACCUCGCGUGCUUUCCACACCCGAUCAACAGCCGUCGAGACCGAGCCAGACCAAGAGUGGUUGGAUGAAGAGGCACCCAAGAUACAGCGGCGCAAGAUGUUCCUUCGCUGGUACCUCGCCAAGCUGUGCCAGGAUCCCACGAGUAUUGACUUUUGGCGGUAUCUGAGCAAAGUCGGUUUGAUGCAUGCCGGUCAAGAGCGGUUACACCCCCUCAACAUUGAAUUCAUCCACAUCAACGCCUGCAUAGGCUUCAUGCAAGAUAUCUUCAGUGAAGCACUCCUCUCCCACCCACAACUCUCACUCCGCCGCAAGAUUGCGCUCGUUCGUGCCGUCAACAAGAUCCUUUGGAUCCAAAAUGAUCUAUUCGCCAAAUGGCGAGUCCGCGACGGCGAGGAGUACGCAGAUGAAAUGUCUGUGUACAGCUUUGGAUCUGAAAAGGAAGGAUAUAUCGGUGAUAAAAAGAUCUUGGGUAGUGAUUCCAGCAGCUCUACCGAUGAUGAUUCGGCUAGCAUUAUAAGCACCGUUGCGCCGUCGACACACACCACACAUACCAUUCAGACAGCGCAUGCCAAUAGCCCAAAGGCCUCGGUGUGUCCCUUUGCAGAGCUUGCCAAGGGUUCAGUUACUGAAACGAAAAUCUGGGCCAGUUGA